GAUUAGCUCAAACCGUAAACUUUGCUCUCACAUGACCAUGGCAAAUAUAUGUUCACUGCCUAUUCCAACUGCAAGGUGGAGCACUUUCAACCCAGGACAGAAUCUAUAACACAGGCUCACAAUUUGCAGUUUUAUUAAGAGAUGUUGCACCAUAUAGUUUUGCUAUUGGCGGUUUUUGUGUCAGUGGAUCAUGUGUGCUUUGCAGCUGCUGCUUCUUCACAAAUAGGUAAUACAUUAGGUAUUGUAUUAGUAAAUGAGGAGGUUACCCACACAGAAACCACAAAGGAUGUUGCGACGACUCAGAAUCUCAUCGAGACAAACUUUGAACAUUUGGAGAAAUUAAGGAACAGGUCCAGAUAUGUUGCAAGGAGCUGUAAGGAGAUCAGGGAGAGAUAUAGUGAACAAGAAGAUGGGUUGUACUACCUGACCACUGCUAAUGGCAUGGUCUAUCAGACUUUCUGUGAUAUGACCACUGCGGGAGGCGGCUGGACACUGGUGGCGAGUGUCCAUGAGAACAGCAUUUAUGGAAGGUGCACAGUGGGCGACCGCUGGUCGAGCCAGCAGGGCAACAAUGCUAACCUGCCAGAUGGAGAUGGGACCUGGUCCAACAGAAACACCUUUGGAACAGCAGAGGGCGCCACCUCAGAUGAUUUUAAGAAUCCAGGUUACUAUGAUAUAGUAGCAGAAGACAUGUCUGUGUGGCAUGUUCCCAACAACUUCCCGCUGGAGCACUGGAACCUGGCAGCCAUCCUCCGCUACCACACUGACAGCCGCUUUCUCCGCCUGUAUGGAGGGAACCUAUUUCAGCUCUUCAAGCAAUAUCCAGUGAGAUACGACAUUGGCUCCUUUAACAACAGAGGGCCAGCUAUUCCCAUUGUGUAUGACCAUGGAGACAGAGAGUCCACCAAAAUGUUAUAUGGACCCAAUCCAAGAGUGGAGACUGAACCAGGUUUCAUCACAUUCAGAGCAAUAAACAAUGAACGUUCAGCCAUGGCUAUCUGCUCCGGCGUCAAGCCGAUCACUGGAUACAACACUGAACAUUACUGUAUAGGAGGAGGUGGAUAUUUCCACCCUGACCAGUGUGGGGACUUCCCAUCAUUUGACUGGGACAGACUGGGAAGGGAGCAAGGCUGGAGCGCUUCCAAAGAGAUGACUGAGGCUGCUGUUUUACUGUUCUACCGCUGAGAAGAUUAUUUGCUCAUGUAGUUUAUGAUGAUAGAAUAUGGCAUGACAGUCUAGUCAACAAUCCCACUUGUAGCCAUUUAGAAGUCAGUGCAGGUUUAUUUGAAUAGCUCUUAACCACAGCACGUCUCAUGUUACAGAGAACGAGCCUUGUGUUUCUGCUUGUGUCAUUGACCAUAAAGAACAGACCAGAAAUUUCAGUAAAAUACUUGUUUGUAAUUAAGCCACACACCAGCAGGUGGAGUUAUUUAACUGCAUAUUGAAAUAAAAUAUUUUGCAUUUUGGAAA